ACUAUACAUGUAAAUACGAUAAAAUGCGUGUAUGUGAACUCGGCUAAGCAGCAGAUUCCUCCAAGUUUGGUCAGAAGUUGAUGGAGAAGAUGGGUUGGUCAAAGGGCAAAGGUCUUGGGAUCAAAGAGGAUGGAAACGUCUCACACGUCAAAGUUUCUCUCAAGAAUAACAACUUAGGGAUUGGAUGCAAGGCUAGCCAAGAAGACAAUUGGAUCGCUCAUCAAGACGAUUUCAACGACCUUCUCAGCUCCCUCAACGAGGGACAUGCGCCCUCUACGUCAAACGAAAGAGAAGCCUUGAGCUUGGAAGAACGCUCCAAGAAGUCUCGCAGCAGAGUCCAUUACAAGAAAUUCACACAAGGCAAGGAUAUGAGUCGCUAUGGAGAGGACGGUAUGAACAGCAUCCUGGGACGCCGCCUCACAAGUUCUGCUCCGGUUACACCUCAAACACAAUCGGUAGAGAACUCGGACAACGAAGAAGAGAAAGAGAAGAAAGAGAUCACCCAUGGUAUCGUCACCAUCAAAGGCUCCUGCAGCGUCGGGGAAUACUUCGCACAAAAGAUGAGCACCCUCAAGAAAGCAAAGCGCAGGCAGGAGAGCGAAUCGCACUCGGAUACCGAGCUAGAAGUGCCUCGUUGCGGCUUCGGAUUCAGGGAUGCCACAGAGCAGGGUCAGAGGUCGGAUGUAGACGUCGCCGGACCAUCAGGUUUACUGGAUGGAGGGAACGAAGGAGAAGAGGAGCAGGAGGAGAGCGAAGAGGGGCAGGAUGGCCAGAGGAAUCGCAGCAAGAAGAAGAAGAAGAAGCGGAAGAAGAAGGCGCGGGCAUCUGCUCGGGACUCCGACGAGGAGAACGAGGAGCAGAUCGAGGUUCGGGGAGAGAGCGGCAUCGAGGAAGACGAGGGCAUCGAUCUUGGAAGGAAGAAAAAGAAGAAUAAGAAGAAACGGCGGCUCGUCGAUGAAAGCAAGUCGGAAAGCGCCAGUGAGCACAAUGAGAACGGCGACAAGAAGAAGAAGAAAAAGACGAAAAAAUCUAAGAAGGAUAAGAGCAGACAUUCCGAAACGCCGGACUGCUCGCACGAUGAUGACACUGCCGAGAACAGUGAAGAAAGGUCUAGUGGCGAGACUAGUAAACGUAAGAGGGAAAGUAGUGAAGAGGGUCUGGAGGAAGAGAGGGCAGAGACUAGCUCAGGUAAGAAGAAACGUAAGAGAAAUUAUCAGGAAGAUGAAGAGGACUGUGGCGAAGGUCCAAGUACUAGCACAAAGAAGAAGAAGAAAAAGAAGCAUAAAGUGUGAUGUUUUCCUUCUAAACAUUAGAUAGAUAAAUCAAUACUAAUAUAACUAUAGAUUGGUGUACUCCCGUUAGUCCAAAGGUUUUGUAAUUCCAAAGUUUAGUUUCAUUAUUUUAAAAUGUGCUAAUUGCAUGCAUCAAAAUAUUUGUUAGCCUUGAAUUCAAAAUGGGUUUGUGAAUCCAAAUGUUUGUGGAAUUAUUUCAAAGCUUGGCCAUCCAGGAAAAAGGAAAAGAAAAUAAGGUUUCUUGUUGUAAAAGACCAGUUUGAUAUUAAAUACAUGAAUGAAAUAAGGUUUGUAUUCCGAAGGUCGAUAGUCCGAAAAUGAAAUGAGGUUUGUUUCUAUGAAAAUAACUUAUUCAUUUUGGACCAUCAUACCUUUGAAUAACAAAUUCAACCAACCUUUGGAAUUUCAAACCUCAAUUGUUUUCAAAUUAACGAACCCUAGGACAAAUGAACCUAUGGAUUAUGGAACCUUGGAGUAUUCGAACCUGCAGAACAGCUCUGCAGCUUCUACGCAAUUAACUUUGCAACAUUGAAGUACUCAGAGAUAUGAAAUAGGAACAAUUUGAACAAGAUUUGAGUUCCAUGAACCAAGAGACAAUAGGCCAUAAUCAAAUUUGUAACUCUCCCUCUUGCCCUGGAUGUGGCAAAAACAGGUCAUACGUCAGGUCGAAGGUCAUUAUGAGGUUAUCGGUCAAUACUAUUACUUGAUAGGUAUACUUCUGUUUUGUUAGCGGAGGUGCACAGUGUGUUGGCUUUUCUGAGUUUGCAUAAAUAUUUUUGAAAUUGUGUCGUGUCCGAGUUGCGGCCAAGGCGGUUGUUACACCCAGCUGUCAUUAUGUCUGCAGGAUCAAGUAAAUACUUAGUUAAUUUUCUUCCAUUCUCGUAAUUUGCAUUCUUAGGUUCAAAUUUUGAUUGCAGUGAAAGGCUAUAUGAAUUCAUAAUGUCUACAAAAAAUUAUGAGCCAAGAAAAACAGGAUGUGAACCUGUUUCUUUAAAUGACAGUGCAGUGUAGAAUGAAACUGCACUCACAGAGUCAAGUGUCACUUUAAGUCGUGUUAUGUGCACAUGAUAUGUAACACAAAAUCUUAUCAAUUAAUAUGCAGUAUUGCAUGUACCUUAAACAUGAUUUGACCAACAUGGUGAUGCAUUUUUUACUGCAGGCAUCUGGGAAUUGAAGUGCGAUUCUAAGUCACUCUAAACUUUUUGUGAAUCCCCCCCCCCCCUGAUACUGGAAGACAAAUAUGCAAUCGAUGGCAGAGCUUUGUACUCAAAUGGGUUUAUACCUCCACUCAUUAUGUUGCUUUGAUCUUAGGUAGGAUUUUUGCCAAUUUGAGGAUCACUGGGCAUGCUACCUAAUAUAGCGAAGUUUACCACUUGCAGUUCUUGAGCUGAUAUCAGUGAUCAAAAAAAAAAAAAAGGAAAAUGAGAAAUUGAUGGGAACUAAAAUCUUUAAGUUUGCAACUCUGUACACAUGCUUGUAACACAUUGGGAAAUGUUGAAGAGAAAUUAUUCUUGC